UCCCCUCCUAUCCCUCUCUCGCGCCGCCGCCGCCGCCGCCGCCACCACCCCUACCCUCGCAGCCCCAACCUCCUCGGCGACCAUGGCCAGCGGGCAGGAGUCGCUCUCCCUUGUGGGCACGAUGCGCGGCCACAACGGAGAGGUGACGGCGAUCGCGACCCCGAUCGACAACUCGCCGUUCAUCGUCUCGUCCUCCCGCGACAAGUCCGUGCUGGUGUGGGACCUGACCAACCCGGUCCACUCCACCCCGGACUCCGGCGCGGCCGCCGACUACGGCGUCCCCUUCCGCCGCCUCACCGGCCACUCCCACUUCGUCCAGGACGUCGUCCUCAGCUCCGACGGUCAGUUCGCGCUGUCCGGCUCCUGGGACGGCGAGCUCCGCCUCUGGGAUCUCUCCACCGGCCUCACCACCCGCCGCUUCGUCGGCCACGAGAAGGACGUCAUCUCCGUCGCCUUCUCCGUCGACAACCGCCAGAUCGUCUCCGCGUCCCGCGACAAGACCAUCAAGCUCUGGAACACCCUCGGUGAGUGCAAGUACACCAUUGGCGGCGACCUCGGCGGCGGCGAGGGCCACAACGGCUGGGUCUCCUGCGUCAGGUUCUCCCCCAACACCUUCGCGCCCACUAUUGUCUCCGGCUCCUGGGACCGCACCGUCAAGGUCUGGAACCUUACCAACUGCAAGCUGCGCUGCACCCUCGAUGGCCACGGCGGCUAUGUCAACGCCGUCGCCGUGAGCCCUGACGGGUCCCUGUGCGCCUCCGGCGGGAAGGACGGCUAUACUCUGCUGUGGGAUUUGACUGAGGGGAAGAGGCUGUACUCACUGGACGCAGGCUCCAUCAUCCACUCACUCUGCUUCUCGCCCAACCGCUACUGGCUCUGUGCUGCUACCCAGGACUCUGUCAAGAUCUGGGACCUUGAGUCGAAGCACGUCGUGCAGGACCUCAAGCCCGACAUCCAGAUCUCCAAGAACCAGAUCCUGUACUGCACAAGCUUGAGCUGGAGCGCGGAUGGAAGCACCCUCUACACUGGCUACACCGAUGGAUCUAUCAGGGUCUGGAAGAUCUCUGGGUUCGGCUAUGCAGGCUAGAUGGUGAAGGCCUCUUGGAAGGUUUAGGGAGUCUUGUUCGGCAAAACAUUGUAAUGUUCGUCAAGUUUUUGACUGUCGUGAGCUAUAUUGUCUGUUUCGUACUUUCCAGUCGCCCAACUAUUUAUGCUUAGCUUUGUUAAUGAGCUAAUCGUACUAUGGAAGAAUCUAUUUUGCACCAUGGCUGUGUUAGCUUCCGCGUUGGUGUGUUAUAUUUUGGUCAUACAAAUGGUGAUGCUUGCGUUUUGAGUU